AUGAUCCCUGUAAAGCCAGUCCUUCCGAAGGAGCCCGUCCAAGUCAAGAAAAAUGUGACUCAAAAACCAAGCAAUGUUCGUUCCUCCUUGAAGUCACUUUUCAAGGAGUUUCUAUCCCACAGUACAAUCCACGGCAUGAGCUACAUCGGAAUGGCUAAAUCCGUGCUGGAACGCCUCUGGUGGAUGACCGUGUUUGUGCUGUCUGUGGCCGGCUGUGGAUUGCUCAUCCAUCAGGUCUACCACAAGUGGGACGAAAAUCCGGUCAUCGUGAGCUUCGACGAGCAGCCCACGCCGGUGUGGAAGAUCCCAUUCCCGGCGGUGACUAUCUGUCCGGAGGCGCAGAUCAAAACGGAUUUGUUCAACUUCACCGAGUGUCUCCACACGGAGUUCCACAGCAGCAGAACUUUGGAUCGAGCAAGGCAAGAGCAGCUGAUGGCGGUGAUGCAGUUGUGUGAUUCGUUUUUCCAUACUUUUGAAAUGUACUCGGAAAAGUAUCCAAAUGUUUCGCCAAACAUUGUUUCUAUGCUGAAAAACUUAUCAGUCACGAUGGAAGACACGAUCAAGUGGUGCAAUUACGGCAAAACCUUCUGCAGAGAGGCUUUCUUUCAAACUUUGACAGACAACGGUAUCUGCUACACGUACAACGGACUCUCAAUGCAGGACAUGUUCAACGACGGAGUUCUCCACGGUGACUAUGAAUAUCUGACGGAAACCAAACUUGCAGAGAAUUGGACCUUGGAAGACGGUCAUUCAGCAGGAUCUCCAUAUCUAACACAUCCCGCGAGAGCUACAGGUCCUGCCACAAGAUACCACAUCAAGGUUGGUAGUCGGAUCAAAGACAUUGAAUCGUAUUGCAAAGAGGAGCAAGGAUUCAAGUUGGUUCUUCAUUCUCCGGACGAAUAUCCGGUCCCGUCGCUCAAGUACGUUCUGCUUCCUCUGGAACAGGACAUAACCGUUGCCUUUCGGCCGCAGAUUCUGACCACGGCCAAAGUACUUCAGAGUUACACCCCGAAACGUCGUCGAUGUUUCUUCAACAAUGAACGCAAGUUGAAGUUCUUUCGCUACUACAAUCAGAACAACUGCGAGGUAGAGUGCCUUACGAACCAUACCUUGGCCACCUGUGGGUGCGUAAAGUUCUCGAUGCCUCGCACGGAGGGAACCCGAGUUUGUGGCACCCCGGAGAUGCGUUGCGUCCUGGAUGCCCAAUCAUACCUUAUACAGUCGCUGGCUAAGAUAAAGCUCAAAGAGACGGUCGUCGUGUCAAAGUGCAACUAUAAUAGCUGGCAAACUUUGGCUCUUAGGGCAGCUCCUAUCGUUCCGAAUGCAACGCAACGUGUUGAUGAGACCCAGACCUCCAAGAUUACCAUCUACUUCAAGGGGGACGAAUUUCUAUCGAUGCGUCGAGGCGAACUCUUUGGACUGACGGAUUUCAUCGCCAAUUGUGGUGGUAUCCUGGGGCUCUGCCUAGGGUUUAGCCUGUUCAGCACGGUGGAGCUGGCGUACUACUUCAUCGCUAAACCUGUCCUUUUGAUCAGGAACAGUCGAAAGACUAAAGACAACAAACCCGUGUGGUAGAUACAAAUAAACUCAAGCAGAUUCAACUGUUCAAGCAAAAAAACAUUACUCAACAAACUCCCCAGCGAU